UUUAUCUCUUGAUUCGCGAGUCUCUGCUCUAAUACCCUUUUGGUUCGUCCGUCUUUCUACGGAGGGAAAUACCCAAAAAGGAAGAACACCGCCUGGUUGGUAUCCUUACGAAUGGAAGACUCCGCCGGAGGUGCGUCACUACCUUCGGGACCCGACGCGAAGAAGCGGCGGGUGACAUACUUCUACGAGCCAACGAUCGGCGACUACUACUACGGUCAGGGUCACCCAAUGAAGCCCCACCGGAUCCGUAUGGCACACAACCUCAUCGUACACUACUCUCUCCACCGUCGGAUGGAGAUUAACCGUCCUUUCCCCGCCGGCCCCGCCGACAUCCGCCGUUUCCAUACAGACGAGUACGUCGAUUUCCUCAACUCCGUCAGCCCCGAGUCCAUCUCCGACCCCACUUAUUCUCGCCAUUUGAAGCGUUUUAAUGUCGGAGAAGAUUGCCCCGUGUUCGAUGGGCUUUUUGGGUUCUGCCAGGCCUCCGCCGGUGGCUCCAUUGGGGCCGCCGUUAAGCUGAAUAGAGGGGAUGCCGACAUCGCCAUCAAUUGGGCUGGUGGGUUGCACCAUGCUAAGAAAAGUGAGGCUUCUGGGUUUUGCUAUGUUAAUGAUAUCGUGCUUGGGAUUCUUGAGCUCCUCAAGGUUCACAGGCGUGUGCUGUAUGUAGAUAUUGAUGUUCAUCACGGAGAUGGUGUUGAAGAGGCAUUUUACACCACUGACAGAGUUAUGACUGUGUCUUUCCAUAAAUUUGGGGAUUUCUUCCCAGGGACUGGGCACAUCAGGGAUGUUGGGGUGAGCAAUGGGAAGUACUACGCUUUGAAUGUUCCAUUGAAUGAUGGGAUGGAUGACGAGAGUUUCCGGGGUCUGUUUCGGCCUAUCAUCCGAAAGGUCAUGGAAGUGUAUCAGCCAGAUGCAGUUGUUCUCCAAUGUGGAGCAGAUUCGUUGUCUGGUGACAGGUUGGGUUGCUUCAACUUGUCUGUGAAGGGACAUGCAGAUUGUCUUCGCUUCCUUAGAUCUUUCAAUGUUCCUCUAAUGGUCUUGGGUGGGGGAGGGUAUACUAUCCGGAAUGUUGCCCGAUGUUGGUGCUAUGAGACAGCCGUUGCAGUUGGGGUGGAGCCUGAUAAUAAGUUGCCUUAUAAUGAAUAUUAUGAGUAUUUUGGUCCAGAUUAUACGCUUCAUGUUGCGCCAGGUAACAUGGAGAACCUGAAUGCACCGAGAGAUAUGGAGAAGAUAAGGAACACACUAUUAGAGCAGCUUUCUAAACUAUCUCAUGCACCGAGUGUACCUUUUCAAACAACACCAUCCACCAUCCAAGCCCCUGAGGAGGCAGAAGAGGAUAUGGAUAAACGGCCAAAACCUCGCAUAUGGAAUGGUGAUGAUUAUGAGUCAGAUCCUGAAGAUGAUGAGAAAACUCUGUGCAGAUUCUCAAGUUCUGAUGCGAAACAGGCUACAACAGAUGCUGAAAUGAGGGAUGUACCGGAAGACUUGAAAGAAGUGCAAGCGGAAGAGCAGCCAACAUCUUGACACUGAGGGAACUUCUGAGCUUCUAGAUUUCAUUGUACUUCAUCCUUGUAUAAUUUAAACUUGAGAUCUUCAUUCAAAUCAGGCCGUUUUUUUGACAUUACUAGCAAGCAUUCUUUGAUCUUUUCGAAUGAGGCAUUAGAGUAGGAAUUUUUAGUCACUGAUGUCCCACCCUUAUGUUUGGCAGCAUGAUGUGUUAGAAUCAAAGAUACAAUGAAUACACAGACACAAGAGUAUCAAUAUAAGAUUAAUUAUCAAA